AUGUCCAACGACACAGACUAUGUGGCUCUUGGAGUGGCCCAGAGAAGUGACAGAUCUGGGCUGGAGACGCUAGCGGAAUUGGCAUUGAGGACCUUUCCCAGUGUCAGAAGACUGACCAAGACUCAGGACCCCAACAUCUUCCUAUUUUCCACUGUCCUUCUUGAUCGCGUUAUCAAAGCCUUUGUGGCCCUGUUUGUUCCUCUAUGGUUGGUUCUUCCCACAAUUAUCCUCCAGGCUUCCUCUGGAAGCCUCCCUAGAUCUAUAGUUUUCGCCUUCUUCAUUUUUGGGACGUCUAUCAUGCUCUUCGCUGCUGUCGACUUGACAAAACACAACUUUCUAGUUGCUCUGAUAACGUAA